GUCCUUCCCUGCGCUGAGCCCCGCAGCCAGCGCUGCCUUCCCGGGAAGCGCGGCAGCCGCUAGCGAGCGCAGCCCUGCCCAGCUUGCCAGCCGCGCGUCCCGGUGCUCGCGCCCCACGGCCACAGCCUUGCUGCGCUAUAGCGCACGGAGCAUGUGCAGACUCGUAGGCGCUAAGGUGCUAUUUGUCCGAGGGGCUUCUGGGCAGUGGUGACUGUCGCGCUGAGAGAGACCUUUUGGGGGCUCUUGUCGCGCCUUUGCUGCGUCGCGGGUGACACUGCGGUGCUCGCGAGCAGGGUGGCAACCGCCUCUCCGUGGAGACGUCUUCGGCUCUGUGCGCCCCCUCUCUCUCCUUCCUCCGCCGCUCUCUCCUUCCCUCACCCGCUCACACCCGCCUCUUCAGAGAGGACUCGUGCGUUCCCGCCGGCUCGCUCUCUUCCAAAGGGAUCUCACUUCGGAGAUGCAAUGACAAGUUAAUAUGGGCUUCCGAGUUUCGGUUUCCCGGGAGGAAAAUUGCCAGAGGCAGCAGUCCCUGAACGCCCAGAGCUCUUGAACAGGCCGCCCUGAAGGGGCGUGAGACCCGGCUCCAGUAUCCGUCCAGGUGGGACCGGCUGAACGCAGUGACCAGUCCCCCACCUCAUCCCGGCACCCAGAGGACGCGCUUGCCGGAUUGUUCGGAGCUCCCCGACCCGGGGAUUCUUUUUUUCCUCCGCUGGUGGUGGGCGCCUCGCGGGCCGAGGCCCGGCGCCUGCUCUGCUGCCCGCGCUGCCUUUAGCGGUAGCCUCCGCCGCCGCUGCCAGGGACGUGCUGGGAAAGCCGAAUCCCCGGGAGAAGAUGCCGGCCAUCCUGGUAGCCUCCAAAAUGAAGUCGGGACUGCCCAAACCCGUGCACAGCGCUGCGCCCAUCCUGCAUGUGCCCCCGGCCCGGGCUGGCCCUCAGCCCUGCUACCUUAAGUUGGGAAGCAAGGUGGAGGUGAGCAAGACCGCCUACUCCAGCCAGAUCCCGCUGAAAUCGCAAGGGCUGCAGGAACCUGCAGGGGAGGGGCUCCCGCUGCGGAAGAGCGGUUCGUUGGAAAACGGGUUCGAUACCCAGAUCUACACGGACUGGGCCAAUCAUUAUCUGGCCAAAUCCGGCCACAAACGUCUCAUCAAGGAUCUCCAGCAAGAUGUGACCGAUGGCGUCCUCCUGGCCCAGGUCAUCCAGGUCGUGGCAAAUGAAAAGAUUGAAGACAUCAAUGGCUGUCCGAAGAACAGAUCGCAAAUGAUUGAAAACAUAGAUGCCUGCUUGAAUUUCCUGGCAGCUAAGGGGAUAAACAUCCAGGGGCUGUCUGCAGAAGAAAUCAGGAAUGGGAACCUCAAGGCCAUUCUAGGCCUCUUCUUCAGCCUCUCUCGCUACAAGCAACAACAGCAGCAGCCCCAGAAGCAGCACCUCUCCUCCCCUCUGCCGCCUGCUGGGUCUCAGGUGGCAGGGGGCCCCUCCCAGUGCCAGGCUGGCACUCCUCAGCAACAGGUGCCAGCCACUCCCCAAGCCCCGUGCCAGCCUCACCAGCCAGCGCCACAUCAGCCCUCAAAAGCACAAGCCGAAAUGCAGUCCAGACUUCCAGGUCCUACCGCGAGGGUAUCUGCUGCAGGCAGCGAGGCCAAAACACGCGGAGGGUCAGCCACUGCUAACAACCGGCGCAGCCAGAGCUUUAACAACUAUGACAAGUCUAAACCCAUCACCUCCCCACCCCCACCCCUGCCAUCGUCAAGUAGCCACGAGAAAGAGCCAUUGGCAAGCUCAGCCUCCUCCCACCCCGGAAUGAGCGAAAAUGCACCUGCUUCCUUGGAGAGCAGCAGCCCCUCCAUCCCCGCUAAUUGCAGCACUUCCUCAGCCAUCCCCCAGCCCGGUGCGGCCUCCAAGCCCUGGCGCAGCAAGUCCCUGAGCGUAAAGCACAGUGCCACAUCAUCCAUGCUCUCAGUGAAGCCUCCUGGGCCCGAGACCCCCAGGCCCACACCAGAAGCCAUGAAACCAGCCCCCAACAACCAGAAGUCCAUGCUGGAAAAGCUAAAACUUUUCAAUAGUAAAGGGGGCUCCAAGGCAGGUGAGGGGCCAGGGUCCCGAGACACAAGCUGUGAGCGGCUGGAGAUCCUACCCAGCUUCGAAGAGAGCGAAGAGCUGGAGGCUGCUGGCCGUGCCCUGUCCACUACGGGUUCCACAUCCAGCAGCCCCAAGAUUGCACUCAAGGGCAUCGCCCAGCGGACUUUCAGCCGGGCACUGACCAACAAGAAGAGCUCUCCGAAAGGCAGUGAGAAAGAAAAGGAGAAACAGCAGCGGGAGAAGGAGAAGGAAAAAGGCAAGGACCUCACCAAGAGAGCCUCGGUGACGGACAGGCCAGACCUCAAGGAGGAGCCCAAGGAAGAGCCCAGUGGAACAGCUAUGACCGAGAUGCCAAAAAAGUCCUCCAAGAUCGCCAGUUUCAUCCCCAAAGGGGGGAAGCUCAGCAGUGCCAAGAAAGAAGCCACAGCCCCAUCCCAUAGUGGAAUACCAAAACCAGGAAUGAAGAGCAUGCCCGGGAAGUCCCCAAGUGCCCCUGUGCCUCCCAAGGAAGGGGAGCGGAACCGGAGCAGCAAGCCAAGCUCUGGUCUCCCCCCACAGAAGCCCCAGUUAGAUGGCAGACACUCCAGUUCCUCCUCCAGCCUGGCAUCCUCAGAGGGAAAAGGCCCAGGAGGGGCCACUCUGAACCACAGCAUCAGCAGCCAGACUGUCAGUGGAUCCGUUGGGACCACCCAGACCACAGGAAGCAAUACCGUCAGUGUCCAGCUACCUCAGCCACAGCAGCAAUACAACCACCCCAACACUGCCACGGUUGCACCUUUCCUGUACAGGUCCCAGACGGACACCGAGGGGAAUGUCACGGCCGAGUCCAGCCCAGCGGGUGUGAACACAGAGCCUAGUCACUACACCAAGAGUGGACAGCCUGCUCUGGAGGAACUGACUGGGGAAGAUCCUGAGGCUCGGCGGCUGCGGACAGUGAAGAACAUCGCUGACCUGCGGCAGAAUUUGGAGGAAACCAUGUCCAGUUUACGGGGAACUCAGGUUACACACAGCACAUUGGAAACAACGUUCGAUACCAACGUCACCACAGAGAUAAGUGGCCGUAGCAUUCUCAGCUUGACGGGGAGGCCCACCCCUCUGUCCUGGAGACUUGGCCAGUCCAGUCCUCGGCUUCAGGCAGGAGACGCCCCCUCCAUGGGCAACGGGUACCCACCUCGAGCCAACGCCAGCCGGUUCAUCAGCACCGAGUCAGGCCGCUAUGUGUACUCCGCCCCCCUGAGGAGGCAGCUGGCCUCCAGGGGCAGCAGCAUCUGCCACGUGGAUGUGUCAGACAAGGCAGGAGAUGAGGUGGACCUGGAGGGCAUCAGCAUGGAUGCCCCUGGCUACAUGAGUGAUGGAGACGUCCUCAGCAAGAACAUCCGAGCUGAUGAUAUCACCAGCGGGUAUAUGACCGAUGGUGGACUUGGCCUCUACACCCGUCGCCUGAACCGGCUCCCUGAUGGGAUGGCUGUGGUGCGUGAGACCCUGCAACGAAAUACCUCCCUGGGCCUUGGAGAUGCUGACAGCUGGGAUGACAGCAGCUCCGUCAGCAGUGGCAUCAGCGACACCAUAGACAACCUCAGCACCGAUGAUAUCAACACCAGCUCCUCCAUCAGCUCCUAUGCCAACACACCAGCCUCCUCUCGGAAAAACCUGGAUGUGCAGACUGAUGCUGAAAAACACUCACAGGUGGAGAGGAAUUCCCUGUGGUCUGGUGAUGACAUCAAGAAAUCAGACGGAGGGUCAGACAGCGGCAUAAAGAUGGAGCCCGGUUCCAAGUGGAGGCGGAAUCCUUCUGACGUGUCGGAUGAGUCUGACAAAAGUACGUCGGGCAAGAGGAACCCCGUCAUCUCCCAGACAGGCUCAUGGCGGCGAGGCAUGACAGCUCAAGUGGGCAUCACCAUGCCAAGGACCAAGCCGUCGGCCCCUGCGGGUGCGCUGAAGACCCCGGGAACUGGAAAAACAGACGAUGCCAAGGUGUCUGAGAAGGGGAGGCUUUCACCCAAAGCCUCCCAGGUGAAGCGCUCCCCAUCUGACGCAGGCCGCAGCAGCGGUGACGAAUCCAAAAAGCCCCUCCCCAGCAGCUCCAGGACGCCUACGGCCAACACCAAUAGCUUUGGGUUCAAGAAGCAGAGUGGCUCUGCUGCUGGGCUCACCAUGAUCACAGCCAGCGGGGCCACAGUCACCAGCAGGUCAGCCACACUAGGCAAAAUCCCAAAGUCAUCUGCGCUUGUCGGUCGGUCAACUGGACGCAAGACGAGCAUGGAUGGGGCUCAGAAUCAGGACGAUGGGUAUCUGUCUCUCAGCUCCCGGACAAACUUGCAAUACCGGAGUUUGCCGAGGCCCAGUAAGUCCAACAGCCGGAAUGGGGCUGGGAACAGGUCUAGUACCAGCAGCAUAGAUUCCAACAUGAGCAGCAAGUCCGCAGGCCUGCCGGUGCCGAAGCUCAGGGAGCCUUCCAAAACGGCCCUGGGCAGCUCGCUGCCAGGUCUGGUCAACCAGACAGAUAAGGAGAAAGGCAUCUCCUCGGACAAUGAGAGCGUGGCUUCCUGUAACUCGGUGAAAGUGAACCCAGUUGCCCAACCUGUGCCCAGCUCGGCUCAGGCCACUCUCCAGCCCGGGACUAAGUACCCAGAUGUGGCCUCCCCAACUCUCCGCAGACUCUUUGGUGGGAAGCCUACCAAGCAAGUGCCCAUCGCCACAGCUGAAAACAUGAAAAAUUCGGUGGUCAUCUCCAAUCCUCAUGCCACCAUGAGCCAGCAAGGUAACUUAGACUCCCCAUCAGGCAGCGGCAUCCUGAGCAGUGGUGGCAGCAGCCCUCUCUACAGUAAGAACCUGGACCUCACCCAGUCUCCUCUAGCCUCCAGCCCCAGCUCUGCCCACUCGGGCCCUUCCAACAGCCUGACCUGGGGCACCACUGCCAGCAGCUCCUCAGCAGUUAGCAAGGAUGGCCUGGGCUUCCAGUCUGUGAGCAGCCUCCACACCAGCUGCGAGUCCAUUGACAUCUCCCUCGGCAGUGGAGGGGGACUGAGCCACAAUUCCUCCACUGGCCUGAUCGCCUCCUCUAAGGAUGACUCUCUGACGCCCUUUGUCCGAACCAACAGUGUGAAGACCACACUGUCGGAAAGCCCUCUCUCUUCCCCUGCUGCUAGCCCUAAGUUCUGCAGAAGUACUCUGCCCAGGAAACAGGACAGUGACCCGCACCUUGAUAGGAACACUUUGCCUAAGAAAGGACUCAGGUAUACUCCCACCUCCCAGCUUCGCACACAAGAAGAUGCAAAAGAAUGGUUAAGGUCCCACUCUGCUGGAGGCCUGCAGGACACCGCCGCCAAUUCCCCUUUUUCCUCUGGCUCCAGUGUGACUUCUCCCUCUGGAACGAGAUUCAACUUUUCCCAGCUUGCGAGCCCCACCACUGUCACCCAGAUGAGCUUGUCCAACCCGACCAUGCUGAGGACCCACAGCCUGUCCAACGCCGAUGGGCAGUAUGAUCCGUACACUGAUAGCCGCUUCCGGAAUAGCUCCAUGUCCUUGGAUGAGAAGAGCAGAACCAUGAGCCGUUCGGGUUCCUUCCGGGAUGGGUUUGAGGAAGUUCACGGAUCCUCGCUCUCCUUGGUUUCCAGCACCUCAUCCAUUUAUUCUACACCAGAAGAAAAGUGCCAGUCAGAGAUUCGCAAACUGCGGCGGGAACUGGAUGCCUCCCAGGAGAAGGUUUCGGCAUUGACCACCCAACUGACAGCCAACGCUCACCUCGUGGCAGCCUUUGAACAGAGUCUUGGAAACAUGACCAUCAGGCUCCAGAGUCUAACCAUGACAGCUGAGCAGAAGGAUUCAGAACUGAAUGAGUUAAGAAAAACCAUCGAGCUGCUCAAGAAACAGAAUGCAGCUGCCCAGGCUGCCAUUAAUGGAGUAAUUAACACUCCAGAGCUCAACUGCAAAGGAAAUGGCACCUCCCAGCCCACAGACCUCCGCAUCCGCAGGCAGCACUCCUCUGACAGCGUCUCCAGCAUCAACAGUGCCACCAGCCACUCUAGUGUGGGCAGCAACAUAGAGAGUGACUCAAAGAAAAAGAAGAGAAAGAAUUGGGUCAAUGAGUUACGCAGCUCCUUCAAGCAAGCUUUUGGGAAGAAGAAGUCUCCCAAGUCAGCGUCCUCUCACUCGGACAUUGAGGAGAUGACAGAUUCUUCUUUGCCUUCCUCACCAAAGUUGCCCCAUAAUGGAUCCACGGGCUCCACUCCUCUGCUGAGGAAUUCUCACUCCAACUCUCUAAUUUCGGAGUGCAUGGAUAGUGAAGCCGAGACGGUCAUGCAGCUCCGAAAUGAGCUGAGAGACAAGGAGAUGAAGCUGACGGACAUCCGCCUAGAAGCGCUCAGCUCUGCCCACCAGCUCGACCAGCUCCGGGAGGCCAUGAACAGGAUGCAGAGUGAAAUAGAGAAGCUGAAAGCUGAGAACGACCGGCUGAAGUCGGAGUCUCAAGGCAGUGGCUGUAGCCGGGCCCCCUCCCAGGUGUCCAUCUCGGCCUCCCCAAGGCAGUCCAUGGGCCUCUCCCAGCACAGCCUGAGCCUCACUGAGUCAACCAGCCUGGACUUGUUGCUGGAUGACACUGGUGAAUGCUCGGCUCGGAAGGAAGGAGGCAGGCAUGUUAAGAUAGUUGUCAGCUUUCAGGAGGAAAUGAAGUGGAAGGAGGACUCCAGACCACACCUCUUUCUUAUUGGCUGCAUUGGAGUUAGUGGCAAGACGAAGUGGGAUGUGCUCGAUGGGGUGGUUAGACGGCUGUUCAAAGAAUACAUCAUUCACGUCGACCCUGUGAGCCAGCUAGGGCUGAAUUCAGACAGUGUUCUCGGCUACAGCAUUGGGGAAAUCCAGCGGAGCAGCACUUCCGAGACCCCAGAGCUCCUUCCCUGUGGCUACCUGGUGGGAGAGAACACCACCAUCUCUGUGACGGUCAAAGGGCUCGCAGAAAACAGCCUGGACUCCUUGGUGUUUGAGUCCCUGAUCCCCAAGCCCAUCCUGCAGCGCUACGUCUCCCUGCUCACAGAGCACCGGCGGAUCAUUCUCUCUGGCCCCAGUGGCACCGGGAAAACCUACCUGGCCAACCGGCUGUCGGAGUAUGUGGUGCUUCGAGAGGGACGGGAAUUGACCGACGGGGUCAUCGCCACCUUUAAUGUGGACCAUAAGUCCAGCAAGGAAUUGCGGCAGUACCUGUCCAACCUUGCCGAUCAAUGCAACAGUGAGAACAAUGCUGUGGACAUGCCCCUCGUCAUCAUCCUGGAUAACCUGCAUCACGUCAGCUCUCUGGGCGAGAUCUUCAAUGGGCUGCUCAACUGCAAGUACCACAAAUGCCCUUACAUCAUUGGCACAAUGAACCAGGCUACCUCUUCUACUCCCAACCUGCAGCUGCACCAUAACUUCAGGUGGGUGCUUUGUGCCAACCAUACGGAGCCCGUGAAGGGUUUCCUUGGCCGGUUCCUGAGGAGGAAGCUCAUGGAAACGGAGAUCAGUGGGCGGGUGCGGAAUGUGGAGCUGGUGAAAAUCAUUGACUGGAUUCCUAAGGUCUGGCAUCACCUCAACCGCUUCCUGGAGGCUCACAGCUCCUCAGACGUCACCAUCGGCCCCCGGCUCUUCCUGUCAUGCCCCAUCGAUGUGGACGGCUCACGGGUGUGGUUCACCGACCUGUGGAACUACUCCAUUAUCCCCUAUCUCCUGGAAGCAGUGAGAGAAGGACUCCAGCUCUAUGGAAGGCGUGCCCCCUGGGAGGAUCCUGCCAAGUGGGUGAUGGACACCUACCCAUGGGCAGCCAGCCCACAGCAACAUGAAUGGCCUCCCCUGCUGCAGCUACGGCCUGAGGAUGUCGGCUUUGACGGCUACUCCAUGCCUCGCGAAGGGUCCACAAGCAAGCAGGUGCCCCCCAGUGAUGCUGAAGGAGACCCACUGAUGAACAUGUUGAUGAGGCUGCAGGAGGCAGCCAACUACUCCAGUCCACAGAGCUACGACAGUGACUCCAACAGCAACAGCCAUCACGAUGACAUCCUGGACUCGUCCUUGGAGUCCACUCUGUGACAGGGGUCCAGCCUGGAGCCUGCUCUCCUCCUCAUCCCAUCCUCCUGCAUCCUUCAUGUCAUCCUGAAGAUAACUUCCUGAGCCAGCCCCCCCAGCCGCAGCUGUGAGCUGCAGAAAUACUGAGACCCUUCGACCCUCAGCCUCGACCUGGGUGCAAGCAUCCCAGGCCAGCCGCCUGGGAUCACUUCCUUCCAUGGUGAGAACUGCACUACCUUCUGUCGUACUCUAAUUCUUGUUUUGCCUUGUUGCUGUGACCUCCCUAAGACACUGAAGAUGCUUCUCGGGAAAGGAUUGUCACCGUUGAAAUGAAAAGUUUUCAGAAGAACCCACUGGAAGCUCUGAAACCAAACAGCAUCCUGCCACGAGCUGCCCAGAGACAGAAGAGACUGGAACAAAGUUGGAAAUAUAGAUAGCACGGCUUCUUCUCAGCAUAGGCCCUCCAGAGUGGGUCUCGCCACCCGUGCCACAGCCGCACCCACCUGCCCUCCCAUCCAGCCCGCCACAGAAGAACUAACUGGUGCUAAAUGGGGCACUUACUUUGGUCACCCUCAAAACACUGCAGAGCUCUGGCAUAGGGAACCCUUAGGAGAAAACGCGUGCUUUUCUGUUUUUAAAUGGUGCUCUCCUUCCCUGAGAGGUAUUUUGCCUGUUCCAAUUCAGCCCUCCACUUUGGGUCCAUCAGCCCCCGAUUGUCUGCAAGAGUGAGUGAGGGAGCGAGAAUGCGAACCAGCAGGUGUGGCUGUAAAUGCAGAACCGCAUGUGUCUGUUUCCUUUCCGAUAUCUAAUGAAUCAGGUUUGUUGGUUUUUUGUUCUGUUUUGUUUUGUUUCCUGCAAACACUGUGUAUACGUGAGAAUUGCUCUAUUUUGGAGAAUGGGCAACCCCUCUAAAAUGAGGAUGAAUCUCUCCCUUUCCGACUCAUUCCUUUUGAAGAUUUUUCUCCCUCCCUCUGGGUCAGAAUCAAUCCUUUGGUGACAGGACAAGCCACGGGGGUUGAGUUUUGGUUGGUCCCGCUGGGUUUGGGUUUUUAGUUGUCCAUCUUCACAGUUCCACACACUCCCCUCCUCCUGCUGCAGCUGGUGGUACCGUGUCCUUGAAGAUGGACGAGGACCGGUCCUCCUCGUGUGGGGCGAGCCUUGGACCUUGCCUUCCCUUUUCGUCUUUGAGGGUUGAAGAUGUGCUUCAACGCCUCGAGCACCCAGCCCCAGCCCAGCUGGGGUGGGGAGGUCACCUCACAGAAGACUUGCACUUUCCUCAGAACCAACUUGGUGCGGCUCAGCCAGGGCGGGACGGCCACUGCCUCCCAGGAGCCCAGCCCCAGCCGUGCCUGACCUCUCGGUGCUGCCCUUCCCAAAGUGAUGCCUUACUGGGUUUGUACUAACCGAGUUCAUUCACCUGAGUGUCGUGUCGUGCCUGCCUGGGGUUUUUGUUUGGUUUUGAUUUCCCCAUCAAAGCAAACAGGGCUAUGAAGUCAUGUGUUCGUUAGGAGAACUCAACUCGCUGUGACUUUUCUCAUCUAAAAGACUCAUCUGUGUGGAUGCUUGACCAUGGGAAAAAGAAAAUAAAAAUCAUCCAUUUUUUAGGUUCAUUGUCAGUCUCCAGCUGACAACCUGGCUGGACGGUGCUCUGCUCCUGCAGGAAAAGGCAGGAGUUCCCACCAGUCCACACAGCGUUGCUGGCACACACCCUGAGAAACCCAGCCUGCCACCUCUUUGGCGCACUGGGAUUUUCUUUGAGUGUAGUGUGUCUUUCAGGUUUUUUUGGUUUGUUUGUUCUAUUGAAGAAAAUCUUUAUCAGGCCUCAGCGAGGGCAUCCUUGUUAAUGAUCAGGGUUUUUAUUCCAUCUUUUGCAUUUCUCUUUCCGAAGGUUUGUUUUUUUUUUUAGUUUCUUGACCCGAAACUGCUCACAUCACUUGGAAUGACACCAUCUUCUUCCUCUUUGAAAGGACUGUGCCCCACUAACUGGUGAAUAGAAAACCUUUCAACUCUGUGCUUCAGUCCCAGUUAAACUCAGACUCUGUUCUGCUCAGCCUUCGUUAGUCAUCUGGGUGUUAGUGUGUCUUGUUGUUUUUUGUUUGGGGUAAGAUUUUGAAUCCCUAUGUUUAGCCUGUGUCCAGGGGGCCAAACCCUCAGCCUUCCUGUAAACCUGAAGGGUGGCCCUUCUCAGACGAUUUAUCUCCCAGCAAUGACCUUACACUCUCAUACUGUGAAUUUGGGAGGAGGUUAACUUGACCUUCUCGUGGGCAGUUUUCCCAGUCACCCUGUGAGUAGACACCUGCCAAUACUGUUUGAAACAUUUUUGUCUUCAGUGACACCUCUCUUUUUCUUUUUGCCCCCUUGUCCUAGACUUCCCUCCCACUGGGUCCAGGCUCAAAACCAAGACCUCUGUGCCUGGUGCUGCCUGAUGAGUGAGCAGUGAUUCCACGUAGCAAACCCUUGUGUGAUUCACAACUCAGUGUCCUUCCUAACAUUGUGGGAAGCAGGGUUGUCUAAUAUGCACCGUUCUUAUUUUGGCCAUAUUUUUACAUCAGUGUCACUCACCUUUGACAAAGUGACUUUGUACUCAUUUAGGGCUCUGUCUAAAAUGCUUCCAUUUUGCCUUUUUCUACAGUUAGGCUAAUUUUGAAAUGUAUGAAAUUCUAUGCAACAAUUUAUGUUGAGUUACCAAUGGAAGCCAAAAGUUUUCUUCCCAAACUGCCAAGAAUUAUACAGGCCAUAAAUGAGAUGGGAAUAAACCUUUUAAUUUAAGGUUGGGAAUGGGGUGGGGUGGGACAAGGAACAAGACUUGCCUAGACUCUUGUCUUAUCUUGGGGACAUUUUAAAUUUUAUUGUUUAAUGCUUAAACUUCAAAAUUCUGUGUAUUCAAAUUUGAUUGUGGUGAAAUCUAUUUCAAAAGGAAAAAAUAAUAAUCCAACUUUGUGGAUAUUCAACGGAAGGUUUGCUGUUUUGACCUAAUUGUUUCCAGUGGAGCAGUUUAUGAAAUAUGUUCUAUAAGAUGUACAUUUUUUCAUUGUAACAUAGAAAUUGUAAAUAAUUGAUUAAAGUGCUGCAUUUUGAUGAAUUUUUUCUAGCCAUUUUUAAAGAGAAAACUAGGAAUUGAGUAUUUUGUGUACGGUAUGUUUCCACCCUCCCUUCCCUCCUUCUUCCCCCCUCCCUAUUUAAUUUUCAUUUGUCAUGAGGUUUUUGGAUUUGCCAAUGAUCUGCUGGAGAUCAUGCCCCACGUCAUAGAGAAUAAAGCUGAUGAUUGUACCAGUCUUAAAUUAUUCAUGAUUCAAUAAAAUUGAUGCUUAUUUAUUCA